CACUCCCUUCAUCUCCCAUGCACCCGAACUUGUAGUUGAUGGGGCAGAAUUGGAGUCGCAGUCAUGAGGAUCACAGAAAUUAUCAUUGACGGCUUCAAAUCGUACGCCGUGCGUACGGUUAUCUCAGGAUGGGACGAUUCCUUCAACUCUAUCACCGGCUUGAAUGGUAGUGGAAAAUCGAACAUCCUCGAUGCCAUUUGUUUCGUUCUUGGUAUCACGAAUAUGAGCACCGUUCGCGCACAGAAUCUCCAGGAUCUUAUUUAUAAGCGCGGUCAGGCCGGUGUAACCAAGGCCAGCGUCACCAUCGUCUUUGACAACCGCGACACGGCCAAGUCGCCCAUCGGCUUCGAAGAAUAUGCGACGAUCUCAGUGACGCGCCAAAUUGUCCUCGGCGGAACGAGCAAAUAUCUCAUCAACGGCCACCGGGCGCAGCAGCAGACCGUCCAGAACCUUUUCCAGAGCGUGCAGCUGAAUAUCAAUAACCCCAAUUUCCUGAUCAUGCAGGGAAAGAUCACAAAGGUGCUGAACAUGAAGGCGGUUGAGAUCUUGUCGAUGAUCGAGGAAGCGGCGGGUACGCGCAUGUUCGAGGAUCGAAGGGAGAAGGCCGUGAAGACGAUGAGCAAAAAGGAGCUCAAGCUGCGCGAAAUCGAAGAGUUGCUCAAGGAGGAAAUUGAGCCCAAGCUGGAGAAGCUCCGGUCGGAGAAGCGAGCAUUCCUGGACUUCCAGCAGACACAGAAUGAUCUGGAGCGGCUGACGAGACUGGUCGUUGCUCACGACUAUUUGAAGAGCAACGAGCGGCUUCGUGUAACAGGGGAGGAAUGCGAGAACAAGAAGCAGAGAGUACAGGACCUCGAAGACAGCGCAACGAAGCUCAAGAGCGAGAUCGCUCACUUGGAGGAUGAUGUUAAGAGGGUCAAAGCCGCUCGGGAUAAGGAGCUCCGGAAAGGCGGCAAGUUUCAAGCCUUGGAAGACGAAGUCAAAUCCAACUCGCACGAGCUCGUUCGAUUGGCAACGGUCUUCGACCUCAAGAAUGCCAGCAUUGCCGAGGAGAAGGAGAAGAUGAAAGACUCCCAGAAAACAGUUAGCGACCUGGAAAAGGUCCUCAAGGAGAAAAAGAAGGUUUACGAUAAAAUACAGGCCGAAUUCAACGCCGCGAAAGCAGAACUUGACGCCCAAACCUCUGAGGUGGAGCAAAAGGAAGAGUUGCUUCAGACGCUACAGACUGGUGUUGCUUCGAGAGAAGGUCAGGAGAGUGGUUACCAAGGUCAGCUACAGGAUGCUCGCAAUCGUGCCAGCGCAGCUGCGACAGGACAGGAGCAGGCCAAAUUAAAAAUCGCGCAUCUGGAAAAAAGAAUUAAGGAGGAAGAGCCCAGGGCACAGAAGGCGAAGGAGCAGAAUUCUGGUCUCCUCAAGGAACUGGAAGGCUUGAGGUCUCAAGCGAAGAAAUUAGAGGCUGAACUUACUAGGCUGGGAUAUGAGCCAGGUAGAGAAGAAGAGCUCAACCAAGAACAAGCGGAGCUACAAAGGGACAUCCGUGAGCUGCGCCGCAGAGCUGAUGAGCUUCAAAGAAAGGUCGCAAACAUCGACUUCCAAUACGCCGAUCCUUACCCGCAUUUCGAUCGCUCGAAGGUCAAGGGUCUUGUGGCGCAACUUUUUACCCUGGAUAAGGAGAAGAUUCAAGCCGCGACUGCACUGGAAAUUUGCGCUGGUGGACGCUUGUACAAUGUUGUCGUCGACUCGGCUGAGACUGGUACGCAACUUCUAAAGAACGGCCGACUUAAGAAGCGUGUGACGAUCAUCCCUUUGAACAAGAUCUCAUCUUUCAGGGCCUCCGCAGAGAAGAUCGGCGCUGCUCAGAAUAUCGCCCCGGGUAAGGUAGAUAUUGCCUUGUCUCUGAUUGGAUUCGAUGAUGAGGUUACGGCGGCCAUGAACUAUGUCUUUGGCAAUACCUUGAUUUGCCAGGAUGCCGAGACGGCUAAGCGUGUUACUUUUGAUCCAUCUGUCCGCAUCAAGAGUGUGACACUUGAGGGCGACGUUUAUGACCCUUCAGGCACCUUGUCUGGUGGCAGCUCCCCAAACUCUAGCGGUGUUCUUGUAACGCUCGGGAAAUUAAAUGAGAUCACCAGAGAAAUCCGCAGCAAGGAGCGACUCCUUAUCACCCUCGAAGAGACUAUGAGGAAGGAGAAGAAGAAGCUUGACGCAGCUCGCACGAUCAAGCAGGAGUUGGACCUCAAGACCCAUGAGAUCAAGCUCACGGAGGAGCAGAUUAGUGGUAACUCGUCUUCAACCAUCAUCCAAGCUGUUGAAGAGAUGAAAGCGAAUAUCGAGCAGCUGAAGAAGGAUAUCUCUGACGCCAAGACUCGACAAAGUGAAGCAUCCAAGGAUAUCAAGCGAAUCGAAAAAGAUAUGAGCGAAUUCAACGACAACAAAGAUAGCAAGCUAGCGGAGCUGCAAGCUUCCCUAGACUCUCUCAAAAAAAAGCUUGCCAAGAAUUCCAACUCUGCCAAAAUCCUACAGAAGGAGCUCCAGAACUCAAGGCUAGAGUUGGAGCAGGUAGGUAGUGACCUGUCAGCCGCAGAGGAGCAGAGCUCCGAAGCCGAAAACACUUUGAAAGCUCAGAUAGAGGAAGUUCAGUCAUUGAAGAGAGAACAGGCUCGGAUCAAGGAUGCGCAUGACGUCGCACAGGCUCAGCUUGAGGACGAACGAGCCAGGCUGACGGGCUUUGAUAACGAACUACACGAACUUGAGGCGGCGAUGAAAUCUAAGAGCUCACAAAUUACCGAAGGCGGCUUAGAAAUGCAGAAGCUAGGCCAUCAGCUGGAGAAAUUACUGAAGGACCAGCAGGUGGCUGCGCAGACGGUUGCCCAUAUGGAAAACGAGCAUGAGUGGAUCGCGGAUGAAAAAGAUAAUUUCGGACGAACCAACACGCCAUACGACUUCAAGAACCACAACAUUGCUGAAUGCAAGUCGACGCUGCGGAACCUCACGGAGCGCUCCCAGGGCAUGAAGAAGAAGAUCAACCCUAAGGUCAUGAACAUGAUUGACAGCGUGGAAAAGAAGGAGGCCGCUCUGAAGAACAUGAUGAAGACUGUUAUUCGAGAUAAGCGAAAGAUCGAGGAAACUAUCAUCAACCUGAAUGAGUACAAGAAAGAGGCUCUUCACAAGACAUGGACUAAGGUCAAUGGCGAUUUUGGUCAAAUCUUUUCCGAGCUUCUGCCGGGCAGUUUCGCUAAGUUGGAUCCCCCAGAGGGCAAGGAUAUCACAGAUGGGUUGGAAGUGAAGGUAUCUCUGGGUAAGGUUUGGAAGCAGAGUUUAACAGAGUUAAGUGGUGGACAGAGAUCUCUUAUUGCUCUCUCAUUGAUAAUGGCACUACUGCAAUUCAAGCCGGCCCCAAUGUACAUUCUGGACGAGGUCGACGCUGCUCUAGAUCUGUCACACACACAAAAUAUCGGUCGCUUGAUCAAGACCCGUUUCAAUGGAUCUCAGUUUAUCGUGGUGUCGCUGAAGGAUGGUAUGUUCCAGAAUGCCAAUCGUAUUUUCCGUACGAGGUUCAGCGAGGGUACCAGUGUGGUCCAAGCCUUGACUGCUGCGGACCUCAGAUAGACACACUCCAGUCAGGAAAUUGAUUCUUCGUUUGUUCAUACUUCGUUUGGGCUAUUCUGGUUAAGGACAGGGACAGGAAGCGUUAUAUGACGGGGCCAUGGCGAUUUCUUGUUGUGGGGUGUUUUUGAAUGAUGUAUAUGAACCUGGAUGACUUUACUGUUACAUUUUAAUGAUAUUCGUGGAUAUUUCCAUACCAUGGUGCGUCAAAGAAUUUUGAAAAUGAC